GGGUGACGUAGCUGAAAAUGGAGCUAAUUCAUGCACGCUCAUGGAGCUGUUGAAAAAGUGAGCUGAACAAGCUAACGUUAGGCUGAAGUUUAGGGUGUUGUUAGGUCUCAUGAUCAUCUCUAAAAUUUGGGAUUUGGGGAAAAUAUCGAUUUCAUUUUAAGAUAGCAUGGAUGUAAAGCAGGAAACUGGUGGUUGCGAGUAUCUCUUGGGCACAGAAGGAGAAGGAAAAUGUGCAGAUGUAUCAUAUGAACAAGAGCAAGGUCAAACCAUCAUCAUCAUUAAACAAGACAUAGAUGAAGACAUGAUGAACAAGGAUACAACUAUGCAUAAUGAGAUUGAGAGUGAAGAGGACAAGAGACUAUCGCCCAUGAUAGAAUGCAGUGAAGAGAAGUCAUAUCGGUGUUUACAAUGCAGUAAGACAUUCACGGAUGAGAGCACUUUAAUUCUACAUCUGAAAGCAUGCUUUAGAGGAGAGGGAUCUGUUAGCAGUCUUAGAACAAAGUUAGAUAUGAGCUUUAAGUGCCCCCAUUGUGAUAAGAAUUUUGAAUCCCAGGAUCAUCUUAUGACCCAUGUGAGCACACACACUGAAGAAGAGUUUUAUCAUUGCUCUCAUUGUGAGAAGCGAUUUUCUAACAACAGCAAUCUAACACUUCAUAUAAGUGCACACACAGGAGAAAAAUUUUAUCAUUGCUCUCAUUGUGAGAAGAGAUUUUCUAGUAGCAGUAUUCGUUCCCGUCAUAUAAGAAGACACAUGGGAGAAAAGCCUUACAGUUGUUCUCAUUGUGAGAAGAGAUUUCGAUACAAGUGUCGUCUUGCAACUCAUAUUAAAACACCCACAGGAGAAAAACCUUAUCAUUGCUCUCAUUGUGAGAAGAGAUUUUCUAACAAGACCAAUCUUACUCGUCAUAUAAGAACACACACAGGAGAAAAGCCUUAUAGUUGUUCUUAUUGUGAGAAGAGAUUUUCUGACAAGAGCAAUCUUAAUCAUCAUAUAAGAAGACACACAGGAGAAAAGCCUUACAGUUGUUCUUAUUGUGAGAAGAGAUUUUGUUACAAGAGCGUUCUUACUUGUCAUAUACGAACACAUACAGGAGAAAAGCCUUAUCAUUGCUCUCAUUGUGAGAAGAGAUUUUCUAACGAGAUUAAUCUUACUCGUCAUAUAAGAACACACAGAGGAGAAAAGCCUUAUCAUUGCUCUCAUUGUGAGAAGAGAUUUUCUAACACGGGCAAUCUUAAUCAUCAUAUAAGAACACACACUGGAGAAAAGCCUUACAGUUGUUCUCAUUGUGAGAAGAGAUUUUGUUACAAGAGCGAACUUACUCGUCAUACAAGAACACACACAGGAGAAAAGCCUUACAUUUGUUUUUAUUGUGAGAAGAGAUUUUCAAACAAGACCAAUCUUACUCAUCAUUUAAGAACACAUACAGGAGAAAAAUCUUAUCAUUGCUCUCAUUGUGAGAAGAGAUUUUGUUACAAGAGCGAACUUACUCGUCAUACAAGAACACACACAGGAGAAAAGCCUUAUCAUUGCUCUCAUUGUGAGAAGAGAUUUUCUAACAAGACCAAUCUUACUCAUCAUUUAAGAACACAUACAGGAGAAAAAUCUUAUCAUUGCUCUCAUUGUGAGAAGAGAUUUUCUAACAAGACCAAUCUUACUUGUCAUAUAAGAACACACACAGGAGCAAAGCCUUACAGUUGCUCUCAUUGUGAGAAGAGUUUUUCUGUCAAGAGCAAUCUUAAUCAUCAUAUACGAAUACAUACAGGAGAAAAAAAUUAUCAUUGCUCUCAUUGUGAGAAGAGAUUUUCCAGAAAGAGCAUUCUUACUCGUCAUAUAAGAACACACACAGGAGAAAAGCCUGACAGUUCUCAUUGUGAGAAGAGUUUUUCUGUCAAGAACAAUCUUACUCGUCAUAUGACCAACCCUGAUACAGAUCGAGACCAACGUGCGAUAUCGGGUCAAACCUUCAUGGUCAAACAGAAAGAUGAAGGCAUGACCAACCCUGAUACAGAUCAUGACCAAUGUACUAUACAAGAUCAAACCAUUACCAUCAAACAGAAAGAUGAAGGCAUGACCAACCCUGAUACAGAUCAUGACCAAUGUACUAUACAAGAUCAAACCAUUACCAUCAAACAGAAAGAUGAAGGCAUGACCAACCCUGAUACAGAUCAUGACCAAUGUACUAUACAAGGUCAAACCUUCAUGGUCAAACAGAAAGAUGAAGGCAUGACCAACCCUGAUACAGAUCAUGACCAAUGUACUAUACAAGAUGAGAUUGAGAGUGAAGAGGACAAGAGACUAUCGCCCAUGAUAGAAUGCAGUGAAGAGAAGUCAUAUCGGUGUUUACAAUGCAGUAAGAUAUUCACGGAUGAGAGCACUUUAAUUCUACAUCUGAAAGCAUGCUUUGGAGAAGAGGGAUUUGUUAGCAGUCUGAGAACAAAGUUAGAUAUGAGCUUUAAGUGCCCCCAUUGUGAUAAGAAUUUUGAAUCCCAGGAUCAUCUUAUGACCCAUGUGAGCACACACACCGAAGAAGAGUUUUAUCAUUGCUCUCAUUGUGAGAAGGGAUUUUCUAACAACAGCAAUCUAACACUUCAUAUAAGUGCACACACAGGAGAAAAUUUUUAUCAUUGCUCUCAUUGUGAGAAGAGAUUUUCUAGUAGCAGUAUUCGUUCCCGUCAUAUAAGAAGACACAUGGGAGAAAAGCCUUACAGUUGUUCUCAUUGUGAGAAGAGAUUUCGAUACAAGUGUCGUCUUGCAACUCAUAUUAAAACACACACAGGAGAAAAACCUUAUCAUUGCUCUCAUUGUGAGAAGAGAUUUUCUAACAAGACCAAUCUUACUCGUCAUAUAAGAACACACAGAGGAGAAAAGCCUUAUAGUUGUUCUUAUUGUGAGAAGAGAUUUUUUGACAAGAGCAAUCUUAAUCAUCAUAUAAGAAGACACACAGGAGAAAAGCCUUACAGUUGUUCUUAUUGUGAGAAGAGAUUUUGUUACAAGAGCGUUCUUACUUGUCAUAUACGAACACAUACAGGAGAAAAGCCUUAUCAUUGCUCUCAUUGUGAGAAGAGAUUUUCUAACGAGAUUAAUCUUACUUGUCAUAUAAGAACACACACAGGAGAAAAGCCUUAUCAUUGCUCUCAUUGUGAGAAGAGAUUUUCUAUCAAGGGCACUCUUACCUAUCAUAUGAGAACGCAUACAGGAGAAAAAUCUUAUCAUUGCUCUCAUUGUGAGAAGAGAUUUUCUAACAAGACCAAUCUUACUUGUCAUAUAAGAACACACACAGGAGCAAAGCCUUACAGUUGCUCUCAUUGUGAGAAGAGAUUUUCUAACAAGACCAAUCUUACUUGUCAUAUAAGAACACACACAGGAGCAAAGCCUUACAGUUGCUCUCAUUGUGAGAAGAGAUUUUCUGUCAAGAGCACUCUUACUCAUCAUAUGAGAACACAUAAAGGAGAAAAAUCUUAUCAUUGCUGUCAUUGUGAGAAGAGAUUUUCCAGAAAGAGCAUGCUUACUCGUCAUAUGAGAACACAUACAGGAGAAAAGCCUUACAGUUGUUUUCAUUGUGAGAAGAGUUUUUCUGUCAAGAGCAAUCUUAAUCAUCAUAUACGAAUACAUACAGGAGAAAGAAAUUAUCAUUGCUCUCAUUGUGAGAAGAGAUUUUCUAACAAGACCAAUCUUACUCGUCAUAUAAGAACACACACAGGAGAAAAGCCUUACAGUUGUUUUCAUUGUGAGAAGAGUUUUUCUGUCAAGAGCAAUCUUAAUCAUCAUAUACGAAUACAUACAGGAGAAAGAAAUUAUCAUUGCUCUCAUUGUGAGAAGAGAUUUUCUAACGAGAUUAAUCUUACUUGUCAUAUAAGAACACACACAGGAGAAAAGCCUUAUCAUUGCUCUCAUUGUGAGAAGAGAUUUUCUAUCAAGGGCACUCUUACCUAUCAUAUGAGAACGCAUACAGGAGAAAAAUCUUAUCAUUGCUCUCAUUGUGAGAAGAGAUUUUCUAACAAGACCAAUCUUACUUGUCAUAUAAGAACACACACAGGAGCAAAGCCUUACAGUUGCUCUCAUUGUGAGAAGAGAUUUUCUAACAAGACCAAUCUUACUUGUCAUAUAAGAACACACACAGGAGCAAAGCCUUACAGUUGCUCUCAUUGUGAGAAGAGAUUUUCUGUCAAGAGCACUCUUACUCAUCAUAUGAGAACACAUAAAGGAGAAAAAUCUUAUCAUUGCUGUCAUUGUGAGAAGAGAUUUUCCAGAAAGAGCAUGCUUACUCGUCAUAUGAGAACACAUACAGGAGAAAAGCCUUACAGUUGUUUUCAUUGUGAGAAGAGUUUUUCUGUCAAGAGCAAUCUUAAUCAUCAUAUACGAAUACAUACAGGAGAAAGAAAUUAUCAUUGCUCUCAUUGUGAGAAGAGAUUUUCUAACAAGACCAAUCUUACUCGUCAUAUAAGAACACACACAGGAGAAAAGCCUUACAGUUGUUUUCAUUGUGAGAAGAGUUUUUCUGUCAAGAGCAAUCUUAAUCAUCAUAUACGAAUACAUACAGGAGAAAGAAAUUAUCAUUGCUCUCAUUGUGAGAAGAGAUUUUCUAACAAGACCAAUCUUACUCGUCAUAUAAGAACACACACAGGAGAAAAGCCUUACAGUUCUCAUUGUGAGAAGAGAUUUUGUUACAAGAGCAAACUUACUCAUCAUAUGACCAAUCCUGAUACAGGUCAAGACCAAUGUACUAUACAAGGUCAAACCUUCAUGGUCAAACAGGAAUUAGAUGAAGACAUGACCAACCCUGAUACAGGUCAAGACCAAUGUACUAUACAAGGUCAAACCAUUACCAUCAAACAGGAAGUAAAUGAAGAAGUGACCAACCGUGAUACAGGUCAAGACCAAUUUACCACACAAGGUAUGAUACACCGCUCCAUGUAUGUUCAAGAGCAAGAUUUUUUAACCCUAAAUAGACUUGGCUAUUUCGAUGCCUAAGAAGACUAUGAUCUCGGCCGUUGAUCGCGCAAUCCCGACGGAACUUGGCACGCGCGUUACCAAGGGCAUAAUCUACAAAGCUGCAAGAUCAUUUUCUGUGAAAAAAUCUCAUUGCUAAUUAAUUAUGCUAAUUUAUGCGUAAAAUCAAAAUUUUGCUUUAAUUAACUAAAUAAUGCCCCUAAAAUGCUAAUAUUUGGUACACAGACACUUUAUAUGAAUCUGAUCAAAUGUACAAAAAAAUUCAAAAUCACAUUUAUUUUUUUAUGUUUUGGUUAGUUGGUUAAAUUCUGUAUUUUAUAUUUGUUUUGUUACCUGGUGGGUGUUUCAUAAAGCUGUUCGUAAGUUAAGAGCGACUUAAAGAACGACUGGUGAACCUUACUUAUGCGCUAAACCAUCGCCAGUGCAAAUAUCAUUUACCACAAGAAAGGAUCACCAGUCGUUCUUAAAGUCGCUCUUAACUUACGAACAGCUUUAUGAAAUGGCCCCCUGGAUGGAGCUAGAUGCUAUUCAAGGGUUUGAAAUCUUUCUAUUGAUGUGAAAAUCUCAGUUUGUGUGAUCGUCUUCUUAUGUCUACUUUCACUGAUAGAAUUCAUUAGGGAUCUGGGAUUAUUAAGGAAAGACUAUGAUUAAAAUCCAAAUUUAAAAAAAGCGCAUGCUUUCAUUGACUCCGGGUAAUUCCUCCCGAGCAAAUCAGCCGUCGACUUUCGCCGGGGAAGAGAUGUCAGUGCGAAAGGGUACAUUUUUGGAGCGUUGUGGCCCAGUGGAUUAUUCUCCGGACUUUGAAACAGAGGGUCAUGGGUUCAAAUCCCAGUCAUGGCGUAAUUUCCUUCGGCAAGAAAUUUAUCCACAUUGUGCUGCACUCGACCCAGGUGAGGUGAAUGGGUACCUGGCAGGAAUUUAUUCCUUGAAAUGCGUGUGCGUUCGUUGUAAUCUCAGUAAUUACGGCUGCCAAGCUACAGCUGGCCGGGGUAAUAAUAUCCAAGUCCUUUGGAAGCGCAUAGAGACAUUUUAAUUCAUAUUUUGUGAUAUGCGCUGGUACGUACUGAGAAAGGUAUUCUUUUAUGCCAUUUGAAAGUACAAUUGGUAUUCUUUUAUAUCAAUGGUAAUGAGAAAGGUAUUCUGUUAUACCAUUCAAAGUACCAUUGUUAUUCUUUCAUACUGGUAUAAAAGAAUAACAAUGGUACUUUGAUUGGUAUAAAUACGUUUCUCAGUACUUUAUACCAUUUUGUACCAAUGGUACUGAGAAAGGAACUAUUGGCUAUAAAUGGACGAUUGUAAUUUCAUGUCAUUAGGCCAAAGGUCAUUUGAGUUCGAUAAAGUUUGACCAUGUUGUGGUCCCGGUUGUGGUGUCAACAUGAAGAAAGACAAUGAUGACGAUUAUGAAUUGUUCAGAUAUUUUUUGAAUGGUCCUUAUUUGUAAAACUGAUAAAAUCAUUAUCUGUAUAUCAGUGACCUACAUGAUUUCCGAUCACAAAGUCGGAGGUCGUCAAUUAACUUGGUUAACAUUUAUACAGUGCGUAUCAAAAAAAAAGUUUACACUUUGAAAAAGCCCUGGGAAUUUAAAAAUAUACAACAUGUGGGUAAUUUGUUCACAUAUAUUCUUGGGUUUGGGUCUCAUCUAUCCAAUAAAAGUAAAAGUUAUGACAGAAUGUAACACUUGAGUGAGCACUGUCCAUUUUUGUAAAGCUUGCAGAAAUCUGUUUGCGCAGAAAUGCUCGUUUUCACGCUGUGUCAAGGGAAAGGGCAAAAUCAAACUUACCCUGCAAAACAUUUCUCAUACAUUUUCCUUGCUCUUAUAGUAAAUUGACAUAAAACAGAUACAUUCAAGCAUUUUGUAACACUUGCCACCCAAAUUGAAAUUUCAAAACUUAGUAAGCACAACAUUUACCCUUUUUGUGCCAGCUGGAUCUGAGGACAUAACUGAAACUAAAAAAAGUUUAUAGCAGACAUAUCCAGUAUACUUUUCACUAUGUUUUUAUUAUUUAAAGUGGGUUUACAUUUCAUUUUUCACGUAAUACUUGUUUCUCCACACUUUUCCCAAGCUUGACAAUGAUUAACAAAAUAAAAAUCAACCCUAAGCCAUUUCAUGUAAAUCACAGCUUAGUGUAUUAAAGGCAAAUAUCGCCCCGAUGGCCUCGGUGUGUGGGGGAGUGGAUGGGGCGCAAUGCACUCUUCGAAGUGUUUUGGGCAAGGAAACAAGUUAAAAAAGGUAAAAGAUAUCUUCAAAUCAAUUUUACUAGCUUAAUUUCACGUGUUCUACAUGAUUAGGGUCUUUUUUAUUCGCAUUACUAUUUCAAAGUUCUGCGCAAAUGAUUUUUCACUAACUUUUCAAAAGUAAGUGGUGCUCACUCAAGCGGAAAUAUUUUUCGACAGUUAUAUCGUCAUUUGCUUAAAUGGACCUGUACCAAUGUUGAAAUGUGGAAAAAUCUUCAGGAUAUUACAAAUGUAUAAUUUAACAGGAUUUUUUCUAAGUGUAAACUUUUUUUUGAUACGCACUGUAUAUUAUUCAUUAUUUCAGCAGUAUGUAAUUGAAUUGGAUGUAAAUUAGAUCAAAUUUUAGGCUUCAUAUUUCAAUACGGUAUUUUGAGGGAAAGGCCAUUUUGUUAAAGAGCAAAUUUCUUGGUUAAAGCACAAAUGGGGGAAAUCAAAAGGGGUAUACAGAAAAUGUUUAGGGCCGGUGAAAUGAGAAUUGAGGCUAGUCAGUGGGACAGCCCUGGCUUUUGGUGCUCUUGGAACAUUAAAUUGUUCAUUCAAGCGUAAUUAAAUAAAAGGGGAAAAUAUUUGAUAUUUCUGUGUCACAAAGUCAACACUGUUUCUAUAUUGAAUUUUUUAGUACAGAUGAGACUGUUAGAUUCAAUUCAAUUCAAUUUAUUUAUUUGACAUCCUUUAAAAACAUAUGUACAAGUAUACAACAACAAAGGAGUAAAAUAAUUUAAAUCACAGUAUAAGCGAUAAAAAAUUGUCAAAAUAUAAAAGAAAUGAAAAUAAAAUAAAAUGUAGCAGAUGCUUUCUACGUUGUUAUUUUUUUUAAAACCUUCAAACUGUGCCUUCAUAAUUGAUGCUAAUCCCUAAGUGAAGCAAUGUCAAGUGUAAGUGUCAAAGUUUCAUGGACGAAGAAUUGACAAGUUGCAUGCAUAAUUUCCAAAUGUAGCAUCAUAAUUUCCGUCAUUGGCAGUGAAUUAUUGAAAAGAAAGUAUUGGAUUCAGAGUGUGCUGUUAUAUCAUGUAUAUUUUCAUAGAUGAAUAAUUAUUUGAAAGCUAUUUAAUUUCAAAGUGUAACAUGACAAUUUCAUAGCCAAAGAAUUGUUGAAUACUCAAUAUUGGAUUUCUAAGUGUACUUGUACUGUUAAAGGUUCAUACACAAAGAAUGGUUGAAAAGGCUUUGAAUUAUUAGUGAUUUAAUUUCAUUGACAAAGAAAAAUGGAAAAGCUAUGUAAUUUCAAAGUGUACCAUUAUAAUUUCUUAUACUAAAAAAUACUCAAAAGGUAGUAAAUUACAAAGUGUACUGAUGUAGUUUACGUAGACAGAAUCAUUGAAAAGUUUCAGAUUUCACUGUGUACUGUUUGGAUGCAUUGUGUAAACAGAGAAAUGUGGCAAUCAAAGUUUGUCAAGAUGCAACUAUUAAAAUCUAGCAUCUUACAUAUUAAAGGGGAAGUUCACCCUGACAAAAAGUUUAUUGUAAAAAUGGCAGAAAAAAAUCACAAAAAAUACGGUGAAAGGUUUAAGAAAAAUCCUUCAAAGAAUUACAUAGUGAUUAUUAUAUUCUUAAUUAAUUGAUUUGUGACGUUAUGUAUGAGCAGCAUUCCUAUACAUAGCGAAUGGAGAAAAUUGUUUUUACUGUACCUUUUAUAUGUCAAUGGAUAAAUCAUUUCACACCCGAUCAUGAAAAGAUAACAAAAAUAAGUCUUCAGGAACUAUUAAAUAAUGAAAUUCAUGCAUUUUAUAUCACAUAACAUUUGGGGCAGCUGUUCCUUCAUGACGUCACAAAUCCAAAAUUUGGUAUUUUGAUAACUUUUUAAAUCUUUAAUAGAUUUUCCUCAAACCUUCACCCAUUAUUUUAAAUUACCUUUUCUGCUAUUUUGGGCUAUUUUUACAACAAACUUUUCUUCAGGGUGAACUACCCCUCUAAGGCUGCUACAUGUUGAAUAUAUUUUUGUUGGAAGUAAUUCAUUACUAACUUAUUAAGUGUGUUGAAUCAAUCAUGGUAGUGUAGUUCACUGGUCUUAUAAUGAACCCAAAUAAAUGUAAAUGUAAUGUUAUUCCAUUCCAUCUACUCCUAAUUUAUUAAACAUGAAUUAAGUAUCCAUCUGGGAUUAUUCAAGUUGUAAGAAUAAGCUGAAAAAAUUGUCAUAGUAAGAUAUUCAUUUUGUCAAAAGUCAUGUUAGAUAAAUUGGUUUCUUGUCUUGUGCAGUAAUGUGUAUGAAUUUAUAGGGACUGACCCUUUUUCAGUUCAGAAUUUAUGGGGACCGACCCUUUUUCAGAUCAGAAGUUAUGGGGACUGACCCUUUUUUAGUUCAGAAGUUAUGGGGACCGACCAUUUUUCAGUUCAGAAGUUAUGGGGACCGACCCUUUUUCAGUUCAGAAGUUAUGGAGACCGACCCUUUUUCAGUUCAAAAGUUAUGGAGACCGACCCUUUUUCAGUUCAUAAGUUAUGGGGACCGACUCUGAUUCAGUUCAUAAGUUAUGGGGACCGACCCUGUUUCAGAUGCCCAGUUUAGAAUUAUGGGGUCCGACCUUUUUUCAGUUCAGAAGUUAUGGGGGCUGACUCUUUCAAUUCAGAAGUUAUGGGGACCGACCCUUUUUCAGUUCAGAAGUUAUAGGGACGGGCCCUUUUUCAGUUCAGAAGUUAUGGGGACCGACCCUUUUUCAGUUCAGAAGUUAUAGGGACGGGCCCUUUUUCAGUUCAGAAGUUAUGGUGACCGACCCUUUUUCAGUUCAGAAGUUAAGAGAUAGAGUACAGGAAUAAGAAUACAAAAUAACACACAUUUCAGGGGCAGGGGGGGGGGGGUAGGCUGUUUUCCAAAACCAUAUACAAAAACUUGAAAAUGACCAUACGAUUGUGAUUUUUUGCAUGGUCAGCCCCCCCCCCCUUCGGAAAUCGUUCCGCGGCCCCUGCAUUAUAUGGACUAUGCAGGUGUUAUAAAAUGUGAAAUAUGAAUAAAUUAUUUUGAAACAA